CGGCGUUCACUUUUGGAAUAUUGAAAAUAAUGAAAUUUUUGUUGAAUAUUAAUUUGAACGAGACUUUAUUCCGUGGAUGUUUAUGAAAAUCUUGUAGCAUCUAAAUUCGAAGUUAUGUGAAAUAAUAUGUCACAUUUGGAUCCUGGUGAACCGAGGGUGCAAGACAUCAUAAAUGCCGCUAGAGGGCCAAUCAAGUGCCACAUACCUCAACGACUACCUUUAGCACGACAGAAACCACCGGCAUACAAGACGAAAGCCGCUGGUAAUUCUAAAUUGGUGGUUGUGUCAGCACAACAGCCUCGCUUCGUGUCCAGGCCUAAUUCACGACCACGAUCUGGUGAACAACCAAGACCGAAGUCAGCGAAUCGAACAAAAGAUGACAUGGCGUCCACAAAGCCUGCGUUUCCAGUGAACCGGUCCUCGCGGCCCGAGAAAGAGAGACUCCUGCCGGCUCCGAGGCGACCAUCAACGAUACCUAGAAGAAUUCCCCAUGAAAAUAUGGUACACAGCAAAACACCUCGGCCAAUAACUGUAUUGGUUCCGAAACAACCGACAAAAACCGUUUAUACUAACCGAACAAUGACUUGUCUACCUGAUCAGGAAACUAUCAAUAGGCAUGAGGACUUGGAGUUGCAACAAAGUGAAAUAUUAGAAGGAGCACCUAUUUACGCGGAUUUAAACGAAAAAGAAUCAAUAACAUCGCGAAGCGAAAAAGUGACACAACUUAAAAUCUCCUGGCAGGAAAAGAUCGUACAAUUCGAAAAGAUGAAAAAUGAGUUAAAUGAAAAACAGAAAGCAAUAAUGGAAGUUUACGCGGCCUUGGGAGUGACCCAUCAAAAGAUGUCGGCCUUGGGCCAGCGGUCGAACCUGCCGCCGGCUGAAGAGCUGCGCAUCAUGAACGUGGCCAACCUGACGCCAGACCAGCUGUUGCAGCUGUGCGCCAACUCCAAGCACUUCGACGGCAAACACCCGCACGAAGAUGCUUCAUCAAAAACGCCAGUGGCCAUCGAUAUGAAUAAACUGUAUAAUAUGCCAUCAAAAUUAGUUGGAACCUGCGAGCAAACAUUAGUGAUGAGAAAAGCAAUUAUCGAAACAUUAGAAGCCAUGACAACGAAAAAAGAUGUCAGCUUGAGUCAAUUACUGAAGAAAAUCAAUGAAUUUAACGCGGAGAACGAAAUGCUUGCAUGCUCCUUGGAAAAGGUUAAAAACGAGUUUUUUGACGAGCUAAAUGAUAUCGUAGCCUUCAUCAGAAAAUGCGUGAAUGAUACGGUGGCCGCCCAGAUGCGCAGCGAACAGCUGACGUAUGAAAUAUCAGAACUGAACGCGCAGAAAGAUGAUCUCAGGAAACAAAUACACAAUGUUGAUCAUCUUAAGUCCAGCGCCAACAGAAAUAGAGUCGAGGAAUUAGAAAAACAGCUGAAAGAAGAAAAGUGCAAGCGAAUUGUGAUCAGAGACCGCCUCACCCGUGCGGAGGGGCAGGUGAAAAUAAGCGGCGAGCAGGCCUCCCAGCUGGAAGCCGCGCUGGAGCAAGCCCGCUCCAAGACUUGGAACUUGGAGCGCACGGUGCAGCAACUACGGGAGCAGAAUCAAAAGUUACAGCACGAGUUUGACAAGGAACUUAAUAAGUUUACAGAAUCUAUACGAGAAAAUACUUCGCAUUUGGAGGAAAUUGCUGAAGCGCGUGAAAAGUUGCAAACUGAAAAAGAGGAUUUGGAGAAACGCCUUACUGAAUUGUCUACCCAUUAUAAUGAAUCUCUGAAACAUGUAAAGCAUGAAAUGAAUAUCAAUGUGGUUAAGCUCAUAGAAAUUGAGAAACGAUAUGAGGAUGAAAAAGAAGAAAAACACAAAUUGGAAGCCAAAGUGGAGUCGCUUUGCUCGCAGUUAUUAGAGUCCGAGCUGAGACAUAAAGAUAUGUGUAAACAAUUACAAGAAAAAGAGGCGCAGCUUUGUAAAGCUACUGAAUAUUUGAGAGAGUUAGAAUUAACAAAACAUGAAUUAACUUUGGCUAAUGAAGAAAUGGACAGCUAUCGAAAACGUCUUGCUGAGCAGUGUGAUGCUUUGAAGGAAAUCGAGCGUAACUUCAAACAAACGUUAACAUUGGAGCAAGACUUGCGGCAAGACAUAUCAAAUAAAGAUGAAUAUAUUUCAGAGUUAGAGAAAAAAGUAACUUUAUUAGAACAACAGUUACAGGAAAGUGAAAGUAAAAUGACGUCAUACGAAGAGCAACUAAAAUCUCUCAAAAAUCAUAUCUCUCAAUUACAAGAGGACUUCGGAGAUUUUGAAAACCUAAAAGAACUACAUGGAAUGAUAAAUCAACAACGAGCUAAAUUAUUGGAAACUACUCGACAAAACGGUGAACUCGCAGAGGCAUUACAGAAGAAAGAUAUGGAGCUUGAGCGACACAUCGAAACUGUUGCAGAACAAGAACACAUAAUAGAGCAAAGAGAUGGGAUUAUAAAGAUGUUAUCAGAAAAAGAAGAAGAACAUACUAAUAUAAUUAAAUUGCUUAGAAAUAACUUGGAAAUACGGACUCAGGCAGAUAUGGAUCUUAAUCAGCAGUUGACUGACAAAAAUGCUGAAAUUGAAUCACUUGUUACAAACCUCGAAACAAGAAAACAGCAAAUAAGUCAAUUAGAAAAGAUCAUACUAACGUUGGAAGACCAAACACGCAAAGCGAGCGCUCAUAGAAGAAAAGAUCAAGAGAAAAUACAAUACUUGGAAAGUAAAAUAGCAGAAUAUGAAACAUACCACAUGGAACGCAAAAGAAGCAUCGAUACUCCAGCUGAUAAUCUAGACAGUAUAAUUAAAAUACUCGAAGAUGAAUUGGAAAGUCCAGUGGAUCCUAGAGGUCAUCAUACUCAGGCCAUGUAUUUCACUAAAAAGAGUUACGCUGGAGAUCAUAUAAAUCCAAAUAAAAGUGAAAGAUAUGCGCAUCAUGAUAGAAACAAUAUUUCAGUAUACGAAGACCACCACGAAAAUAUGCCUACAAAAAUUGUAGUCGAUUCUUAUUCUAAAAAACCACACGACGAACAUAAAAGUGACAAUUUAGACCGAAAAAAGGCUAUUACAAGUAUAGAUACCCAAAAGUAUGUCUCUACCCCAGGGCCCGGACUGAAUGUGUACGACAUACCACCAACGGUACAUGAAAACUUUGUUUCUAGAGGGAAAAUACCGACGCGACCAAAAGAUAUUUAUCUGUCAAGAAAUCUUAAUUUCAUAACUCCCAUUCAACUUCGUGAAGAUAAAAAGUGUAAAAUGUUUAAAUUCGCUGGUCAUCGACUUUCAUAAUUUUACUAAAUAUUCGUUUCGUA